GGGGGCCAAGCGCACCCUGAGAUAUGGGUAUGGCUCUUGCCCCCCAGAACCUGCCGAAUUCUGUUUCUCGUCACGCCCGCCUCCAAAACACUCACGAUCAUCACCCAUAACCAAAAUCCAAACCCGCCCGAAGAGUCCCAGAAGAGCCCAACAAACACGCUUCUUACACAUCAGUUCAGAGUAGUCUUCAUUUUUGACUUCUGAGCACCUUUGAGGAUUUUGACGCCAUGGCUAUGAAAUAGAUACCGCAGCUCCCACGAGCUCUCGACCCACGGAUACCUGGACACUCUUACUGGACACUCUCUUCUAUACCACAACCAUUCCACCACCAUAAUUUAUCUACUUCUACCGACUGUGACCUCGACAUGGACGAUCCGGGCUGGUCAUGGCCGGCCUGGAAAUUCGGCAUGAAGAGGGAUGACCUCUUUCAUACACUCCACGAAAAAUACAACACCUUUACCUUUAACCUCCAAGACCCCGAAGCCUUUCAUCACGACGUUUACGAAAUUUCCCGCGAUGCCGAUACCGUCGACGAUUUCCACCGCUUGCUGGAUGAGCGAAAGCAACAGCGGAUUCACGAACUCCACGAGUCUCUCGAAUCUCUCGCUGUUGAGAUCAUCGCCAACCCCAAGUUGAUGGAUUCUGAACAUUGGCAGUACGCCCUUCAACUCUUCCGGACUAAGUCUUUCGACUCGAUCGUCCGUUAUUUUGCAAGCUACCUACCCGAACAAUAUCUCGAUCACAACGAUCGUGAUCAUGAUGCUAUUUCUAUUGCUUCCUUGUCCUCCUUCUCCGAGGCCAACAGCGUCAAGACCGAGAGCACCACGGCCAGCAGCGUCGAUGAUGCCUCUAGUUUCUUUGAUGAUGAGCCUAUCUUGACAAAGGGUCCCCUCUCGAUUCAUACGGACAUUCGAUCAUCGUCUGUUGUUCAAGCGCCCCCCUCGCCCCCCCAUUCCGAGGCAGCGCACGGCGAUGAGUCUUCUGUUUCCUCUCCUACUUCUAUGGAGUCGCACGAAUACUCCACCCCCCCUUCACGUUCCAUGUCGUUUUCUGGUUCUGAGACAGCUGCUGCUAUCUCUGACUUGACCAGAUCACUCGUUCACGACGAAGAUGAGACCUCGCAGUUCGAUGACGGCGACUUUGCGGUCGCCUCGGAUUCUGAUUGCGCAGAGAGCCAGUCGUCACUGGACGUAAUGGAUGAUGGAGAACAAUCUAAUGACAAGUAUGAGGAUGAUCUAGAGGAGGAGGACGAUUUUCCUACUACUCAAUUUCCUGAAGAUGCUAGCGACGGUUGCGAUUUCUAUGACGAUACCCCAAAUUUCGAUGACACACCGACUCCCCGACAGGAGUCUAUCGCGCCCUGCUAUAUUGAGUACAAGUCCGUUGCGGCAUGGAGAAUACCUUCUCCUCGUCGUUCACCUUCCCCCUCUCCACGAAGCCAUCACCCCUACCGCCGAGAAGGCUCAAGUCUGAAGGACAUCCGCCGAAGUCCUGAGGAGUCCAUGAGCAAAAUUCAGAAACCGAUGCAUGAGCAAAGGAAAAGGCCGACGUUUAGGAAACGGCUUGAUUAGCGGUUGGGGAGGCAGGGUGCUUUGUAUAUAUUUGACGCAAGCGAUAGAUACCUGUAUCUGAUGACUUUAAUCCUUUCUUAA